AUGCCACCGCUAGUAUUUGACAUAGAUCACAUCAAACUUCUAAGGAAAUGGGGUAUUUGUGGUGUGUUAUCUGGAACUUUGCCUACUGCAGCACAGCAAAAUGUAUUUUUGUCGGUACCUUUGAGGCUUAUGUUAGAAGAUGUGCUGUGGCUGCAUUUGAACAAUCUUGCCGAUGUGAAAUUAAUAAGACAAGAGGGAGAUGAGAUUAUGGAGGGAAUAACAUUAGAGCGGGGCGCCAAACUAUCUAAAAUUGUCAACGAUCGUUUGAACAAGUCAUUUGAAUAUCAGAGAAAGUUCAAAAAGGAUGAACACAUUGCAAAAUUAAAGAAAAUCGGUAGAAUCAAUGAUAAAACCACAGCUGAAGAAUUGCAACGGCUUGAUAAAUCUAGCAAUAAUGACCAGCUAAUUGAAUCUUCUUUGUUCAUUGACAUUGCUAAUACCUCUAUGAUUUUAAGAGACAUACGGAGUGAUUCAGACAGCUUAUCCCGCGAUGAUAUCAGUGAUUUGUUAUUUAAGCAGUACAGACAGGCAGGAAAAAUGCAGACCUAUUUCUUAUACAAGGCAUUGAGAGAUCAAGGGUACGUUUUGUCCCCAGGUGGACGUUUUGGUGGGAAGUUUAUAGCAUACCCUGGUGAUCCUCUUCGUUUCCAUUCACAUCUGACGAUACAAGAUGCGAUUGAUUAUCAUAAUGAGCCGAUUGACCUAAUAUCCAUGAUAAGUGGUGCAAGACUAGGAACGACUGUGAAAAAACUUUGGGUCAUAGGCGGUGUUGCGGAAGAGACAAAGGAAACUCAUUUCUUCUCAAUAGAAUGGGCUGGAUUUGGUUAA